AAAAUGAACAAACAUUUAGGUCAUUCGAUCUCCGAGGUGUUUCUGUGUUUUGCCAUUCAACGCAAUCUGGAGCGCAUACUGGGGGAGGGAAAUCCCAACUACCUGUUCUGUCUGAACGGAGUGCGCGUGCUCAGUAUCACGUGGAUCGUGCUGGGCAACACCGUCAGCUUCCUGUACAGAGAACCCAACGUUGUCGCCAAUGUCGUAGAAGUUCCGGAAGCUGCGCAAAGAUUCGUUUUCCAGUUCGUCAUCAAUGCCACGUUCGCCGCUGAUACUUUCUUCAUUCUGAGUGGGACGCUACUCGCCUACAACUGGAUGAAGCAGGAAGAAAAGAAGAACAAGUUCACAGUGAAGCAACUUCUUAUGAUGUACUUCCAUCGCUUUGUCAGAAUCGCUCCGUGUUACUACGUGUUGAUUAUGACGUAUACGAACCUACUGCCGUAUUUCGGGGAAGGACCAGGCUGGAAGUACACCAGCGAUUCAAUACGUCAGUGCAAGGACCACUGGUGGGCCAACGCCCUCUUCAUCAGCAACUUCUACAAAGCAGACGACAUGUGUAUGACGUGGACCUAUUACCUGGUGAACGACUUCCAGUUUUACCUGAUUUCACCGAUAGUGCUGAUACCGCUGUCGAGAUGUCCGCCACUCGCCUUCGUGUUGAUAAUACUGCUUGUUCUCACUCAAAUCGUCACCACUGCUGUCUUCAAUAAAAACAUCAACGGUAACAUCCUAAGAAUGACAGGAGGGUUUUUUGAGGAUAUCUACGCCAAACCUUACUGUCGUGUUGGAGUAUUCGCCAUUGGUAUUGCUCUGGGCUACGCCAUAUACAUGGCUGGGAGGCACGUGUACUUCAGAAAGACUCCACUGGUUGUCGGGUGGUGUGUUGCGCUGUGCACGCUGUCAGUUGUGGUGUUUAUAACGUACGACGAGAAUCGAGUAGGCGGAACCCACUGGACUGGUACCCAGACCGCGGUGUACGAGGCGCUGUCUCGUCCCGCUUGGGGAUUGGGAGUGUCCUGGAUCAUAUUCUGCUGCUGUAUCGGACAAGGAGGUAUCGCAGACAAGAUUCUGUCGUGGAACGUGUUUCUUCCCCUGUGUAGGAUCACGUACGGGAUAUAUCUCCUGCACCCACUUCUCAUAGUUCUAAUCGUCGACACGUCCAAGACGUUAAUAUACCUUGAUGCGACCUCCGUGCUGAAUCUGUUUGUCUUCAUCUUGGUGAUCUCCAUGGGCCUGGCGCUCAUGUUCAUGGCGUCAGUCGAGGGGCCGAUCAUCAGACUGGAAACCCUCCUCCUGCACUGACCAGCAACAUUUCGAGCCCUGACAAACAAACAUUUUACGUUCGCUGACAAAAACAAAUAUGGUAGUUCUUCUUUCAGACUUUCCUUUUAUUAAAAUGUAUUUGGUGUU